AGGUCUCUGAGUGACGUCAGCAGUGUGCGACUCGCACAUGUGCACUCCCCGUGGCCCGGAAGGCAGUGAUCACAGUGCAGGGAUUCGGGUCUGGCUCACACACCUGCGGGGCGGCUGGAGCAGUCUGUGACCGGUGAUCAGGAGCAGUGUGUGACCAUGGUGGGGGAGCCUGGAAGGGGCAAGAAGAAAUCGUCUCUGAUCAAUGAUAGGAAUGACCCGGUGAAGAACUUCGAGCGCUGGAAGAGGAAUUACACGAAGAAGGCGGAGAAGUGUAAGAGCCGGAGGAAGCAGAACAAGAAGCCGGAGUGGCAGAUAGAGAGGGAGACCAUCGGCCGCCUGGUGCAGCGCUACAGCGAGAUCAACCCCAGUGAGAUUUCCAGAUUCUCAGACUUCCCCUUAUCAAAAAAGACUGUGAGAGGUUUGGUGGAAGGUCAGUAUCGGAUACCCACAGAGAUACAGAAGCAAACCAUAGGUUUAGCCUUACAGGGGAAGGAUGUCCUGGGAGCGGCUAAAACCGGAUCUGGCAAAACUCUGGCGUUCGUUCUUCCUGCUUUGGAAUGCUUAUACCGCCAGCAGUGGUCAGCAGAUGAUGGUCUAGGGGUCCUGAUCAUCUCUCCCACCAGAGAGCUGGCCUACCAGACCUUUGAGGUACUCCGGAAGGUGGGUCGGAACCAUGAAUUCUCAGCAGGACUUGUCAUUGGAGGAAAGGACUUGAAGCAGGAAUCUGCCCGCAUUCAUCGUACAAAUAUACUUAUCUGCACGCCUGGACGUCUCUUGCAACACAUGGAUGAAACAUCCCUUUUUCAUGCCAGUAAUCUCCAGAUGCUAGUACUGGAUGAGGCUGACCGCAUAUUAGACAUGGGCUUUGCAGACACCAUGAAUGCCAUUGUGGAGAACUUGCCUAAGAAGCGACAGACCCUUCUCUUCUCUGCGACCCAAACAAAGUCCGUGAAAGAUCUUGCACGCCUGAGCUUGAAAGACCCAGAAUAUGUGUCUGUUCACGAGAAGGCGAAAUUCAGCACCCCCGCGACUCUAGAACAGAACUACGUUGUCUGUGAUCUGCCCCAAAAGAUCAACCUCUUGUUUUCAUUUGUGAGGAACCAUCUGAAGAAGAAGUGCAUUGUGUUUUUCUCCAGCUGUAAAGAGGUUCAGUACUUAUUCCGCGCUUUCUGCAGGCUGCGGCCUGGUACCCCUGUAUUGGCGCUGCAUGGCAAGCAGCAACAGAUGAAGAGGAUGGAGGUAUACAAUGACUUUGUGAGGAAAAAGGCGGCUGUUCUUUUCGCUACAGACAUUGCGGCUCGUGGGCUAGAUUUCCCAGCAGUUGGCUGGGUGCUGCAGCUGGACUGCCCGGAAGAUGCCAACACAUAUAUUCACAGAGUUGGGAGAACAGCCAGAGUGUCCUUGCUGUGUUUCUCUUCUAUCAGGUAUAAGGAAGGAGGGGAAGCGUUGCUGGUCCUGCUGCCGUCUGAAGCCAAAGGGAUGGUGCGACAGCUGGAGGAGAAGAAGGUGCCAAUUAACGAAAUCAAAAUUAACCCAGAAAAGCUGAUAGAUGUUCAGGGAAGACUAGAGGCCUUUUUGGCUCAGGAGCUGGAAAUGAAAGAGCGCGCACAGAGGUGUUUUGUUUCUUACUUGCGUUCCGUCUUUUUAAUGAAGAACAAGGAAGUUUUCGAUGUCUUCAAAUUGCCGCUUGCAGAGUAUGCUCAGUCAUUGGGUCUUGCGGUAGCCCCGAGGGUCCGAUUCCUCCAGAAAGCCCAGACCACCCAGCUUUCAGUAACAGAGCCCAGUGAUGAGCUUCAGGAACCUGGUACCAUCAGUGAUGAGGACAUCGAGGCCUUCAAAAGUCAGUUUGGUGGGAAGAGAGUGGAGCAGGAGAAUGAAGGGGAUACAGCAGAUUCCGACCUACACGGUGAGGAAAGCGAUCAGGUUGAUGAUUCCGGAGAAGAGGGAGAUAAGACCUUGGAGGCGGGGAAAGAAACUGCUUUUCGGUUUACAAAUGAUGAUGAUGAAGAUGAUGACUGUCGAGAUCUUGAUAUUUUUACUGUGAAGAGAAGAGAUGUGUUUGGCGUUCUCGAAGGGGAAACUGCACCGGAAGAUGAAAUGUCCAAAACGAAACUUAAGAAAGCUGAGAAACUGACCAAGGCUAAGGACGCCAAAAAAUCGCUAAAGAAGAAUUUUAAAGUUAACACGAAGAUAGUUUUUGCAGAUGAUGGAGAGGCGAUCCAGCAGUGGCCACUGAUACAGAAAUCUGCUGUGCAAGAAGCUGAGGAUGUGGAGGACGCAGAUAAUGGCAUCAACUUGGCAAAGGCCAAACAGCGGCUGACUGAGGAAGACAAAUUUGACAAAGAAGCAUAUAGGAAAAAAAUCAAGGAAAAGCACAGGGAAAAAAGACUGAAGGAAAAGGCAGCCAGGAGAGCGACAAGUAAGAGAGGGAAAGAGGAAGAGGAGGAGGAAGCUGUUGCGUAUCUUGACCGUAAUGACAGUGAGGAUGAAGUGGACCUAAGCGCUCUCCCAGACCCUGACAAAUACAGAGAUGUGGAAGAUAACGAUGAGGGGUCCAUAGAAGAAAGCAUAAGUGACCGUGAGGAGGUGCCACAGAGGAAGAGAACUUUCAGCAGCAGAUCGGAAGACCAAAAGCCAAAGUCUGUAGCCACCAAAAAGAAGAAGACCACUCCGAGCUCCAUGGAAUCAUUUGAGCCACUGAACACAGGACUUUCACUGGCAGAGGAUGAACAGCUGGUGCUACAUCUUCUAGGCAACAAGAGCUAAUUUAUAUACCCACCUUACAUUUUGUGGACCUCUUUGCUUAUCAAGCCAGUAGCUUUUUAUAUAAUCCGUUUGGCUGUAAAGAAGUUUCAGUUCUCAUGGACAGGAGCUCGGAGAACGCAUUCAGUAUGAUUUACCGGCAGCCGGGAUAUACUGACAGCGGCAUCCUGGCCGCGGAGCGAGCACAAAGAGUCCCCUUGCAGGCUCGGUGGCUCGCUGCGCUCACCACAGGAUCUAUUCCCACUCUAUGGGUGUCGUGGACACCCACGAGUGGGAAUAGUCCUGUAGUGCCAGUAUUACGGCUGGCGGCAUUGCUGACUGUCAGAAUUCCGGCAUCAGUAUCUUGACCGUCGGGAUCCCGACAGCCGGCAAAUUAAGGAUCCCCGUAGAACGACCUCCAACAUCCAGUGUUGCAGGACAUGUAACUCCCUAUUAUCUGACGCUCUAUUACAUUUGUGUGGAUUGUUUUGUUUUGUGUUCUGUUCUUUUCAACCUUCUUGUUCAAAUAUAGUAGAUUAGGGUUCUAAUGAUUAAUGGAACACAACACCUAAAGUACAUAUUGGAUUAUAUAUUAGAGCCACCAGUAAUAUUUACAGUAUAUGCGUGGAUGUAUCAGUUGAUAUUGGCUGAUAUCAGAAAACAGUAGCUGUGUAGGAAAUGUGAGUGGAAUGCCAAACAUCGCAUGUUCAGCCACGAUAUGAGCACUUUUACACAUACAUAGUGUUUGUGAACAUUAUUGGUAGCUCUUUUCAAUAAGGCUACUUGUAUUUUAGGUUUAAUGGUCCUUUAAACACGUGGUAACCAGUCACAGUUAGUGGGUCAGGGUGCGGAACCUCAACAGUGCAGAUACAGGGGGUAAUUCAGAUCUGAUCACAGCAGCAAAUUUGUUAGCAGUUGGGCAAAACCAUGUGCACUGCAGGUGUGGCAGAUAUAACAUGUGCAGAGAGAGUUAGAUUUGGGUGGGUUAUUUUGUUUCUGUGCAGAGUAAAUACUGACUGCUUUAUUUCUACAUUUCACUCUAAUUUCAGUUUGAACACACCCCACCCAAAUCUCUCUCUGCACAUGUUACGUCUGCCCCACCUGCAGUGCACAUGGUUUUGCCCAACUGCUAACUAAUUUGCUGCUGCGAUCUUCUCUGAAUUACCCCCACAGAGUAGGUCAUCCUCCUGGGAUUCUGAGAUGGACGAUGGCUGCAAAUUUAUCUGAAAAGUUAAAGGCCACAUGCUAAAAUUACUGUUUUCAUCUAAUUAAGAAAUCAGUUGUUCUAUUGAACUGUUCUUUAUUGUAUUUAAAAAGCUGUACCGUACAUUACUGAAUAAACAGAUGAUCUUAA